AUGGCGACUCUCUUCCCAAACGGUAUCCUGUUUGAUGGGAUAGUUUAUCGCAUCCUCCCUGGGGGCUAUGCUGUCAUUGGUGAGUGUCCUCUGAAGUCUCAUCAUGCCUUGCUGCUGUUGUAGGGCAGCCCAACCACAGAAGUCACUCUUCUUAUCAACUGUAUACAAGAAUUUUCUCUGUGUUAUCAUAGGAAUUCAACAUUCUCUGUGUUGGUCUUGCCAACCCCCAUUGUCACACCUCUGAGAAUCAGAGGUUACAUCAUGUAUGUCUGAUAUCUGAUUGGAGGUUAACUUUACAGUAAUACUAUUGGUCAACAACUCAGGUUUUGAGUCCAAUCAACUCAGAUGCUUAUAAAAGGUUAAUUGUUAUUUUUCUUAUUUGUUCCUGACCUGCUGUGGUGAGAUACUUACAUUCUUUCUUUCUCUCUCCACCCCAUGAACAUUUGGGGCAAGGCCUUUCAGGCUAUGGUUUCUCUCUCUCUCUCUCUCUCUCUCUCUCUCUGACCAUGCUUAGAAUAAUGCCUUGUAAUGCUUGUUAAUGCCUUGUAACUUAAGCUUUAUGCCUUGUAUGUGAAUCCAUUCAUUUUACAAAGUAAUUAAAUACACUUGUAUUUAGAAUCUAUUCUCAGACAUUUCUUCAUUGCCUAUUACUGUAACCAUAGUCUCUUGCAUAUUACUAAUUAUAUUUUUGGAGUCAGAGAAACAUUUUAAUAGGCCAAUUGCUUAGUCUUAUUACGUGUCGAAUGUGAUUUAUUUUUUAUAUACACAUAUCAAAAAUCACUGCCCACUACCCUGUCAUAUUACAAUGAUGUCAUUUAACACAUCUCUCCUUCUCUUUCUGCCUUGUUGUCACUCCUGAUCUCUCCUUCUCUCCCUCUAUACUCUCCCUUCCUUUCUCACCUCUUUCUCAUCCCCCUACCUCCCUCCCUUCCUCUCUCCUUCCCCUCCCUCUCUCCUUCCCUCCCCUCCCUCCCUCCCUCCCCUCCCUCCCUCCCUCCCUCCCUCCCUCCUUCUCCCAGGUGCCGCGGCCCUGACUGGGGCAGUGACCCACACGGUGUCCACGGCUGUGAUCUGUUUUGAGCUGACAGGCCAGAUCUCCCACAUCCUGCCCAUGAUGGUGGCGGUGAUCCUGGCCAACAUGGUGGCCCAGGGCCUGCAGCCCUCCCUCUACGACUCCAUCAUCCAGGUCAAGAAACUGCCAUACCUCCCCGAGCUCAGCCUCGGACACGUCAGGUACUGGAACGGACGCCAUUAUGGCUCAAACAGGUCUAGUUUACAUAAAACCUUGUGUGCCAUUAAGACUCAAACAAGCACAGUUCACAUAUAGCCUCUCUCCUCCCUCAGUAAGUACAACAUCUUUGUGGAGGACAUGAUGGUGCGGAAGGUGAACUUCCUGUCCUCCCAGUCGACCUAUCGGGAGCUGGGCUAUCUGCUAGACUCCACCUCCCUCAAAACCAUCCCUCUGGUCGACUCCAAAGGUGAGACUUGUUCUAGAAUGUUUGAUACCAUGCACCACAGAUGACACAAAUCCAUCCACUGAAAUCUCUCUCUUGUCCUCUCUCUCUCUCUCUUUCUUGCUCUCUCUUUCUCUCUCUCUUUCUCUCUCUCUUUCUCUCUCUCUCUACUCUCGCUCUCCUUCCCCCUUCCCCCUGUCUUUUCCUCAGAGUCUAUGAUCCUAUUGGGGUCUAUCGAGAGGACAGAGCUGCAGGCCAUCUCUGAUUGGUGGCUGUCGGCCGAGAGGCGUGUCUUUGAGAGGGGUCAGGGGUCACCGGGUCAGGGCUGGGAGUCCUUCACUUUCAUAGACGAGGAGGGAGGAGAGGUGACAGGAUGGAAGGAUGGAUGGCUGGAUAGAUGGAAUGAUUGAACGAUAGCGUCAUAAAUAUCAGUGUACUUAUAAUGCCUUUAUAAACACAUUUAUAAUGCAUUAUAAUUAUGCACAACAUCAUGUAAUACUUGGUUAUGAACUUGGUUAUCUGUGGUGUUUAGUAAAGCCCUUUUGUCUGUUCUCCAGACCUCUCCUGUACAAGAUGAACAGAACGGGCCCCUCCCAUCCCCUAAACCACAGGAGCCCUCCACCAAUCACACCGGCUCAGGUGACAUGACAUCACACAGAAUGUCAAAAUAUGACAUAGAAUUGGGAUGUACUCACUGUUGCUAUUUUGUUACUAGUGCAUCCAUGUUUGUAUUUGUAUUUAUUAAGGAUCCCCAUUAGCUGCUGCCUUGGCAGCAGCUACUCUUCCUGGGGUCCAGCAACAUUAAGGCAGUUAUAUACAAUUUUAAAUAUUACAUUCAUAACACUUUUCACAACACAUUAAGUGUGUCCCCUUAGGCCACUACUCUACAACCACAUACUGUAUCUGCAAUACAAAAUCCAUGUGUACGUGUGUGUAGAGUGUUGGUUUGUUGGUUUGCUGUUUGCGAUUCAAAAUGUUAUAAGCAAUCAACACAGCAGAAUCAUAAUUAGACCUACUGUUCUAUCGAUUGCUCAUGGGGUUUGUUUAAAACAAUUAACCACCACAUUCUGUAGAAAAAAUAAUUGUUGGAGUGAGAAUGUUUACCCAAUUUACUCACUUCUAAAUGUCUGUCCUGUCCUGUCUUUUCAGAGAAGCGUUCCCUCCAGUCUGUGAGGAGAACAUUUCAGCGCCUCUUCUCCUCUUCUUCAACCAGCCAGGCUGAAGCUCAGGUAUCAUUCCAUAUCAAGAUAGAGGUUGGCCGUAACCACUGAUACAGGGUCAGAUAUAUUAGGAGAUGUUUUUCAUUCCCAUAAUGCUUGAGGUUUGGAUUGGGGUUAGGGCAACCUGAUCCUGGAUCUGUGUGGUUAAGGCCAACAUCAACCUCAAGCUUUCCUCUGGUAACUCAUAGAGGAGCAAUAUCACAUUCUGUCCACUAGGGGACACAAUCUCACGUCAAUUGUGUGACCUUGCUAUAAUGUAUGAUGUGAUAUGUGAUGAGCAGUUUAGUCAUUCUGUGUGAUAGAGAAAUAGCACCACCAGGGGGCAUCUGAUCUGACACUUUGUAAACCUGGAGGGUGAAAAUAACUAAAAUCUCUAAACCACCACCCCUCCACCCCUCCUCUCUCUGUCUCAUACUCCCUCUUUUCUCACUCUCUCUCUUUCUCUCUCUUUCUCUCGCUCUCCCUCUCUCUCUCUUCCUCUCUCCAGGAAUCCACCCCACCUCCACUCACCGACACCAUGUCCUCAGAGGAGGUAAUGUGUCUCACUGACCCCUAACCCCUAACCCCUGAUCCCUGACCUCUACUCCCUUACCUGGGCACUUCAUGUAGCUCUAAAAGGAUUCCACGAGUAGAAUCAAAUAUCAUAAAUUAUUACACCCUCUUUAUAUUGUCAAUCACCCUCUCUGCUCUCUGAUUGGCUAAUGCAGAUCAAAGCCUGGGAAGAAGAAGAGUUGGAUAAGCCAAUCAGUAUGGAGGAGAUACGGAUUGAUCCCUCCCCCUUUCAGCUGGUGGAGAGAACCUCCCUACACAAGGUAUAACUGUAGCUAUCACCUUGUGCUCUUAUGUAGCCACUUUAAGCCAUUAUAAACACUACAUGCUGUAGGAUAUUGACAAAUAUGCCCCCCCCCCCCCCUCUCUCUUUUGCAGACCCACACUCUGUUCUCCUUGCUGGGUCUCAGUCAUGCCUAUGUUACCAGCAUUGGGAAACUGGUGGGCGUCGUAGCACUGAAGGAGGUGAGAUCACACAUCACACCAGCUCUCUCUCUCUCGCUCUCUCUCUCCAUUUCUCUCUCUCUCUCCAUGUCUCUCUCUCUCUCUCCAUUUCUCUCUCUCUCUCCCCCUCGCUCUCUCUCUCUCUCUCUCUCCCUCUGUCUCUCUGUCUGUGUGCCGAGUCUUCCUUUUCUACAGUGUAGAAGCAUCAGACACACAGCUUGUCCGUUUGUUCUGCCUCUCUGUCAUCGUUCUCUGAUGAUGAUCUCACAGUGUCACAGUAAUUACAUUGGCAAGAUUAGCAAACUGAGGCAUGCCAUGCCAUGCCAACAGCAAACUCUGAACCUACACAUCCAUGCACAACUGACCAAAUUAUGAAAGACAAGCGUUGUAAUUUUUUAUUCCAUAAAGUGAGUGUGGAAGAGGUGAAUUUUUUGUUGUUGUCUAUCAACAAUGACAAACCACCUGGGACUGACAACUUUGAUGGAAAAUUACUAAGGAUGAAAUCGGACUACAUUGCCACUCCUAUUUGCCAUCUCUUCAAUCUAAGCCUACAGGAAAGUGUGUGCCCUCAGGCCUGGAGGGAAGCAAAAGUCAUUCCACUACCCAAGAAUAGAAAAGCACCCUUUACUGGUUCAAACAGCCGACCAAUCAGCCUGCUACCAACCCUUAGUAAAAGUUUGAAAAACAUUUUUGACCAGAUACAAUGCUCUUUCACAGUAAACAAAUUGCUUUCAGCACGCUUAUAGGGAAGGGCACUCAACAUGUAUGGCACUUACACAAAUGACUGAUGAUUGGCUGAAAGAAAUUGAUACUAAGAAGAUUGUGGGAGCUGUUUUGUUAGACUUCAGUGCAGCUUUUGACAUUAUUGAUCAUAAUCUGCUGCUGAAAAAACGUUUGUGUUAUGGCUUUACAUCCUCUGCUAUAUUGUGGAUCGAGAGUUACAGUGCCGUGAAAAAGUAUUUUCCCCCUUUCUAAUUUUCUUUAUUUUUGCAUAUUUUUUAUACUGCAUGUUAUCAGAUCUUCAACCGAAACCUAAUAUUAGAUAAAGGGAACCUGAGUUUACAAAUUACAAAAAAAUUUAUACUUUUUUUUAUGCCUGGCGAAAACCAAAAACUGCAUUCCACAGUAAGAACCUCAUACCAACGGUCAAGCAUGGUGGUGGUAGUGUGAUGCUUUGGGGAUGCUUUUGCUGACCUGGAAGACUUGCCUUAAUAGAAGGAACCAUGAAUUCUGCUCUGUAAUGUCAGGCCAUCCAUCUGUGAGCUGAAGCUGGAGCGCAGCUGGGUCAUGCAGCAAGACAAUGAUCCAAAACACACAAUCAUGUCUACUUGAAAAUGGCUAAAAAUAAACAAAUUUUAGGUUUUGAAAUGGCCUAGUCAAAGUCUAGACUUAAUCCCAACUGAGAUGUUGUGGCAGGACUUGAAACAAGCAGUUCAUGCUUGAAAACCCACAAAUAUCGCUGAGUUACAGCAGUUCUGCAUGGAAGAGUGGGCCAAAAUUCCUCCACAGCGACGUGAGAGACUGAUCAACAACUACAGGAAGGGUUUGGUUGGAGUUAUUGCAGCUAAAGUUGGCACAACCAGUUAUUGAGUGUAAGGGGACAAUCACUUUUUCACACAGGGGCAUUGGGUGUUGCAUAACUUUGCUUAUGAAAUAAAUGAAAUAAGUAUGUAAUUGUUGUGUUAUUUGUUCACUCAGGUUCCCUUGAUCUAAUGUUAGGUUUUGGUUGAAGAUCUGAUAACAUUCAGUAUCAAAAAUAUACAAAAGUAGAGAAAAGGGGGCAAAUACUUUUUCAUGGCACUGUACCUGUCUAAGACAAAACAGAGGGUGUUCUUUAAUGGAAGCCUCUCCAAAAGAAUCCAGGUAGAGUCGGGCAUUCCCCAAGGCAGCUGUCUAGGCUCCUUACUUGCAGUUCGUUUCAGAAUGUGUGGCAAGGGAUAAAUUAGUCCUAAAUAUUACAAAAACUAAAAGCAUUGUAUUUGGGACAAAUCAUUCACUAAACCCUAAACCUCAACUAAAUCUUGUAAUAAAUCAUGUGGAAAUUGAGCAAGUUGAAGUGACUAAACUGCUUGGAGUAACCCUGGAUUGUAAACUGUCAUGGUCAAAACAUAUUGAUGCAACAGUAGCUAAGAUGGGGAGAAGUCUGUCAAUAAUAAAGCACUGCUCUACCUUCUUAAAAGCACUAUCAACAAGGCAGGUCCUACUGGCUCUAGUUUUGUCGCACCUGGACUACUGUUCAGCCGUGUGGUCAGGUGCCACAAAGAGGGACUUAGCACGGCUGGCCCUUGGAUGUACACAGAGAACAAACAUUAAUAAUAUGCAUGUCAAUCUCUCCUGGCUCAAAGUGGAGGAGAGAUUGACUUCAUCACUAUUUGUAUUUGUGAGAGGUAUUGACAUGUUGAAAGCACCGAGCUGUCUGUUUGAACUACUAGCGCACAGCUCAGACACCCAUGCAUACCCCACAAGACAUGCCACCAGAGGUCUCUUCACAGUCCCCAAGUCCGGAACAGACUAUGGGAGGCGCACAGUACUACAUAAAGCCAUGACUACAUGGAGCUCUAUUCCACAUCAGGUAACUGAUUUAAAAAACGGAUCAAAAUACACCUUAUGGAACAGCGGGGACUGUGAAGCAACACAAACAUAGGCACCGACCAAUGCAUACACAAACAUGAUAACAUACGCACUAUACACACACAUACACAUGGAUUUUGUGUUGAAGAUACAGUGAGGGAAAAAAGUAUUUGAUCCCCUGCUGAUUUUGUACAUUUGCCCACUGACAAAGAAAUGAUCAGUCUAUAAUGUCAAAAAUGUUAUAAAUUGAUUUGCAUUUUAAUGAGGGAAAUAAGUAUUUGACCCCCUCUCAAUCAGAAAGAUUUCUGGCUCCCAGGUGUCUUUUAUACAGGUAACGAGCUGAGAUUAGGAGUGAGAAGGGAGUGCUCCUAAUCUCAGCUUGUUACCUGUAUAAAAGACACCUGUCCACAGAAGCAAUCAAUCAAUCAGAUUCCAAACUCUCCACCAUGGCCAAGACCAAAGAGCUCUCCAAGGAUGUCAGGGACAAGAUUGGCUGGAAUGGGCUACAAGACCAUCGGCAAGCAGCUUGGUGAAAAGGUGACAACAGUUGGUGCGAUUAUUCGCAAAUGGAAGAAACACAAAAUAACUGUCUAUCUCCCUCGGCCUGGGGCUCCAUGCAAGAUCUCACCUCGUGGAUUUGCAAUGAUCAUGAGAACGGUGAAGAAUCAGCCCAGAACUACACAGGAGGAUCUUGUCUAUGAUCUCAAGGCAGCUGGGACCAUAGUCACCAAGAAAACAAUUGGUAACACACUAUGCCGUGAAGGACUGAAAUCCUGCAGUGCCCGCAAGGUCCCCCUGCUCAAGAAAGCACAUAUACAGGCCCGUCUGAAGUUUGCCAAUUAACAUCUGAAUGAUUCAGAGGAGAACUGGGUGAAAGUGUUGUGGUCAGAUGAGACCAAAAUGGAGCUCUUUGGCAUCAACUCAACUCGCCGUGUUUGGAGGAGAAGGAAUGCUGGCUAUGACCCCAAGAACAUUAUCCCCACCGUCAAACAUGGAGGUGGAAACAUUAUGCUUUGGGGGGUUCUUCUGCUAAGGGGACAGGACAACUUCACCGCACCAAAGGGACAAUGAACGGGCCAUGUACCAUCAAAUCUUGGGGUGAGAACCUCCUUCCCUCUGCCAGGGCAUUGAAAAUGGGUCGUGGAUGGGUAUUCCAGCAUGACAAUGACCCAAAACACACGGCCAAGGCAACAAAGGAGUGGCUCAAGAAGAGGCACAUUAAGGUCCUGGAGUGGCCUAGCCAGUCUCCAGACCUUAAUCCCAUAGAAAAUCUGUGGAGGGAGCUGAAGGAUCGAGUUGCCAAACGUCAGCCUCGAAACCUUAAUGACUUGGAGAAGAUCUGCAAAGAGGAGUGGGACAAAAUCCCUCCUGAGAUGUGUGCAAACCUGGUGGCCAACUACAAUAAACGUCUGACCUCUGUGAUUGCCAACAAGGGUUUUGCCACCAAGUACUAAGUCAUGUUUUGCAGAGGGGUCAAAUACUUAUUUCCCUCAUUAAAAUGCAAAUCAAUUUAUAACAUUUUUGACAUGCGUUUUUCUGGAUUUUUUUGUUGUUAUUCUGUCUCUCACUGUUCAAAUAAACCUACCAUUAAAAUUAUAGACUGAUCAUGUCUUUGUCAGUGGGCAAACGUACAAAAUCAGCAGGGGAUCAAAUACUUUUUUCCCUCACUGUAUGUGGUAGUGGAGUAGUGGCCUGAGGGCACAUACUUCGUGUACUGUGAAAUCUGUUAUGAAUGUAUUGUCAUGUUUUUAAAAUGGUAUAACUGCCUUAAUUUUGCCGGACCUCAGGAAGAGUAGCUGCUGCCUUGGCAGGAACUAAUGGGGAUCCAUAAUAAAUACACAUACAAAUACAUGGAGCCUGUUCAGUUGGCUGUUACUCUGCUGUUCUGUUGUACUCGUAUAGUGAGUCAUACUGUUACAGCAUCAACUGUGUUCGUCUCUGACUUAUCACAGCGUCACAGUAAACCUGUAUUAACAUGCUUUGCCUGUGUUAUAGCAUGCUAUGUUAACCACUUCUAUUUGCUCUCUUUCUCUCUUUCCCUUCCUCUCUCACUCUCGAUCUCUAUUUCCCUCCCCUCUUUCUUUAUCUCUCGCUCGCUCUCCCCCCUUCUCCCUUUCUCUUCUUCCCCUCUAUAUUUAUCUCUCCCCUUUAAUCUUUCCCUCGCUCUCCCUCUCUCUUACCUCUCACAGUUGCAGAAGGCCAUCGAGGGCUCCACCCGUAGUGGGGUGAGAUUGCGCCCCCCUCUAGCCAGUUUCAGAGAUGUCAACCGUAAAGCCAAGAAGCACGCGGCUUCCCCCUCCACCCCCUCCUCCCCCACCAGGGAGAGGGAGCUGUGGGGUGAGGGGGGGAAGAUGGAGGGCGGGGGUAGUAGGAAGGAGGAGGGCGAGGGCGAGGGGUUUAGGUGGGAGGUUAAGGAAGGAAAGAGGGAGGGAGAUGGAGGAAAGAGGGAGGGAGAGGUGGUUAGGACAGAGGGAGAGGGUGACAUGAAUGAGGCUCAGGAGGAACCCAGGGGGAACGCAAGAGGAGCAGGUGGCUCCAGUGCAGGUACAGAGUGUGAUACCUCCACCCCCAGGAGCGUGAGGAGCAACAACAGCCGAGGGACACACUGUCCCCCUCAGGAGCCUUCCUCCCCCGCCUCCCCCACCUCACCACCCUCCUCCUCCACUCGUGUCUUCAUUGUGUCAUCCCUUCCUACUGUGCCAGAGACGGAUGGAGAGAGGGAGAGAGAAGAUUCUGAAGAGCCGAUUUAG